AUGUACAAGAACCAGCUGCAGGAGCUGGCGCAGCGUAGCUGCUUCAAUCUGCCGUCGUACACUUGCAUCAGGGAAGGUCCCGAUCACGCGCCGCGGUUCAAGGCCUCCGUUAACUUUAACGGCGAGACAUACGAGAGCCCGAGCUACUGCUCCACCCUCCGCCAGGCGGAACACUCUGCAGCUGAAGUGGCACUCAAUGCGCUAUCCAGCGGUGGACCUACCAGCUCCCUCGCCGCUAGAAUUCUGGCAAGUCCAU